AUGGCUGCUGAUCAGGAAAAGAAAGUCUCAACUGAAGAUGAGAAUAAGAACAAGAGAGUGAGAGAGGAAGAGGUAAAAGAUUUAAAAGAGACCAAGAAGGUCAAGACAGAUGAAGAGAAGAAGGAGGAGAAGAAGAAUGAAAAGGAAGUAGAAAAGCUGGAGGAUAAGAAGGAGGAUAAGAAGGAGAAAAGUCAGGAUGAGGAAGAUAAGAAAGAGGAGGACAAGGAAGGGAAGGAAGAGCAAGAAGAGAAGGAAGAGAAGUUAGUUUCUAAAGAGAAAGAUCCUAAAGAGUCACAGAAUGAAAACAAAAAUGAUCCUGAUAGUAAAGAAAAAUCUGCAAGUCAAGAAUCUAAACCCAAAUUUGUCUUCGGAGCCAGUUCAAGUUUUGGAUCAGGAUUCAAAGUUGCUAGUAGUGGUCCUUUAAAUAAUGAAGAAGCCAAGAAGGACCUUUCUAGGGAAGCAGGGACACCAAAGCCAUCGGCGUUUGGAUCAGGUCUUUCAUUUGGUGGUGGAUUUGGAGUAUUAAAGGCUUCAGAUAAGGAAGACAGCAAGGAAAAGACACCAGAACCAAGCUCCGAUGCUAAGGAAAGAUCAAGAGAAUCGUCAUCAGCCUCAUCAAGUGCUAAUGGAACGAAGUUACAAAAGCAAGAUGUAAAAUCUGGUGAAGAAUCUGAAGAAACCAUAUACCAAGCAAAUGCCAAACUAUAUCAAUUGGCAGAUAUUGAAGCGGGUUGGAAAGAAAGAGGUAUUGGCGUUAUUAAAGUUAACAAAAAUGUAAAUACUGGAAAAUCACGUCUUGUUAUGAGAUCUCGUGGUAUCCUUAAAGUCAUACUAAAUCUUUCGCUUGUUAAAGGUUUUACAGUGCAAAAGGGCUUCGUUGGAUCGAUGCAAGGUGAGAAAUUCAUUAGAAUGGUUACACAAGAUGAUAAUAAAUCCCCCAUACAAACUGCUGUUAAGACUGGAAGUAAAGAAAUCGCUGAAGAUCUUUAUGACAGCAUUGUCAAGUUGAUUCCAAAAUAA